AUGACCAUUACGCCAGCGCUCAGAGCCUCAGCCCGGUCUGCCUAUCGAGACCUAUGGCGAGCAGCCUCUGUCACUUUCCGGGGCGAUGAACCCGUUCUACAAGCUUUCCGGCAGAAAAUGCGGAACGACGCUAUAGCCGCUGCUCAAACAGCGAACGAUGCUGCUUCAUAUGAGCAACACACUGCCUUGUUCAAGGAUAUUGCAACGGUCCUCCGAAAGAACAUCGUGCAGGCCGCGAAAGUGAGGCAGCUGGAGGACGGAACAGACAUCUACCAUGUCAAUAUCCGAGAGGAAACUGAACUGGGCGACAACGAGUCUAUCAAGUCACCACCUCCCAUCCCUCCCAGGCGCAGCAAACGUGAAGCGUCAAAUGCUGCUCCAGCUGAAGAGCACCCUUCUUCUCCACCCUCGACUAAGCGCAUGUCCUAUUCAGCCUUGAAACGUGCUCAUACCCAACGUAUUGUUCCGGAGUUGAAGGAGGAGGAUUUAGAGGAGAGUUUCGUUCGAGGUAGUGGACCGGGUGGUCAAUCAAUCAAUAAAACGGAAAACAAUGUCCAGCUCCUUCAUAAGCCCACUGGGAUUCGAGUGUCCUGUCAAGAAACCCGUUCCCUCAGCCAGAAUCGAAAGAUAGCGCGGAAGAGAUUGUUGGAGAAGCUGGACAAACUUGCGAACCCUGGACUGUCGAAAGAGGAGAUGAAGCUUGCAAAGAAACGAGAACGGGAGCGCCAGCGGCGCAAGAAGGCCAAGAAGAAAGCUUUGGCGAAGGAGGUAAACGCUGAGGUAGAAGAGCGUUGA